GUUUUUUUAAAUACUAGAACCCCAAAACUUCAACCAACCACAUUCAAACACACACUCACAAAACCUAUACACACAACAGAUAUCAACAGAAUAACAGAUAGAUCACAGAUUAGAUUACAGACACAGAUAAUGCAAACUCCUCCACCAUCCACAUUCAUAAUCCCAAUCCCUCUCCGCUCACCCCUCCUCCGUCUCCCACCUCACCGCCCCCACAAGACCUCCUACUCCGUAUCCGCCCUCUUACCAAACCCCUCCUCCUCCUCCUCCUACUCCACCUCCGACGCCGACCUCUCCUCCCGCGGCUUCCACCUCCGCCGCACCCCCGACGGCCUCAACCUCGCCCACCUCAACUCCGUCUUCGCAGCCGUCGGGUUCCCCAAACGCGACCCGGACAAGAUCCGGACCGCGCUGGACCACACGGACUGUCUCCUGUGGGUGGAGUACGAGAAGACGAAGCGGCCGGUGGCGUUCGCGAGGGCGACGGGGGACGGGGUGUUCAACGCGAUCAUAUGGGACGUGGUGGUGGACCCGUCGUUCCAGGGGAUAGGGCUGGGGAAGGCGGUGAUGGAGAGGGUGGUGGGAGAGCUGCUGGGGAAAGGGAUCAGGAAUAUCGCCUUGUAUUCGGAGCCCCGGGUUCUGGGGUUUUAUAGGCCGCUGGGGUUUGUGGCGGAUCCGGAUGGGAUUACGGGGAUGGUGUACUCCAGAAAACCGCAGCAGAAGAAGAAAUAAAAAAACGGAUAUUGAUUUUUGUUGGGGAAUCCGGGGGAGAUGCUGUGUACAUCCGGGCUUUCUGUUCGGCAAUUCAACCUUCUAGAUUUCAUCUCUUCACUAAAGGAUGAUAGAUAUGAGAAAUUGCCAAAUGGACGACUUGGAUGUCGUACAGCACCAUCUCCCAAUUCCAUCAAUAUUUGUCUGCAUAUAAACUUUGAUUUGUUAUUGUUAUUGAAGUUCCUUGUGCUCCUCCA